CACGGCGAUUUCGGGCGCAGCGCGCCUUUCGUCGGGCACCCUCGCCGCGACCCAGGAAUUUCUACGUCGCGCACGUUGCAUUUUUCGCCUAACGAGACACGGCCACGCACCACGACCGCUCGACGCGCUUUUGUCUCGUCCAAUGUGGUUUGACUGUGGUCGUCGAUCGGUGAUAGUGGAGCCGCGCGUCGGGAUUGGCCGUUUUGGGGGAUAUAGAGGACUCCGCAAGGCGCGACCGAGACUCGCGCCGCGAGAGCCUCGAAUCUCGCAGCACCCCGAGUGUGACGUCGUUGCACCGCCGUUACACUCGCGCGCAAAAUUAAUCUCCGACGAGCAGCUCCGCUCGAAAAAGAGCGGAGGCGAAUUGUUCGAGACUUGUUGUGUGCGACACAACAUGCGGACGACGUGAAUCUUUUGCAAUUCUCGACGCGUUAAAUUCGGAAAAACUCGGAAAAACACCGAAGGGAGCUACUACUGAUUUAUUUUUUCAACCAUAAACGCUUUCCACGUGACGCGAACUCCACGUGGAAUUUUUAACCUGCGAGAUCGGUCGUGUGUGUUGGUUGGAAACGUUUGCGUUUUUUUUUGAUUGAAAUCUUGAUCGAUCACUCACGAAUAAUUGCAAAGAUGAUCAGAAAUGUUGUUGUUGGUAUAUCUGGUGGUGUUGACAGCGCCGUCACAGCAUAUUUCCUUAAAAACAAAGGAUUUAACGUUACCGCAGUGUUUAUGAGAAACUGGGAUAUCAAAGAUGAAACGGGACACUGCGUGAUACAGAAGGAUUACGAGGAUGCGCAAUGGAUUUGCGACAGGCUGAAAAUUCCUUUGGCGCAAGUUGAUUUUGUAAAGGAAUAUUGGAACGAAGUGUUUAGCGAUCUUAUAGAAAAGUAUCAAAGCGGAUACACACCGAAUCCGGAUGUUCUGUGCAACAAGACCAUCAAGUUUGACAAAUUUUUUGAGUUUGCGCGUAACAAGUUUCAAGCGGACGCGGUGGCAACGGGCCAUUACGCCAGAACGAGUUUCGGAUCUUAUUUGGAAAACUACAGAGCAGAUAUCAAUGUUUGCUUGUUGAAAGCGCGCGAUGAAUCCAAGGAUCAGACAUUCUUUUUGAAUCAAAUACCGCAGCAAACCCUGAGACGUUGCAUGUUUCCUCUCGGAGAUUACUUGAAGACAAACGUGAAAAAGAUAGCCAGUGAGAUAGGUUUGCAUCAGAUAGCUCAGAAAAAAGAGAGCAUGGGAAUUUGUUUCGUGGGAGAACGUGAGUUUCCAGAUUUUAUUUCAGAGACGUGGACAGCGGUUUGACGGUGGAUCGUCACCGUGGCAUUCACAAAUGGACAGUUGGACAAAGAUGCAGAAUUCCCGGUUCCAGCUUGCCUUAUUUUGUAUUCAACAAGGACGUGGA